GAGUUGCUUGUGCGGAGAGCAGCUGCGUCUGACUGAUAGAGUGCGUGCAGCGCGAGCUCUAAUUUAGAACAUUAUCGAUAGUAAAUAAAGAGGCGAGGCCGGGCUGAGCGGUCUGUCCCGGGUCAUACACGGAGUCCAGUUCUAAUCUGGCCGAAGACAUGGAGCUGGUUCGGCGGCUGUUGCUCGCGCACUGCGCCGCCCACACCCUGUCCGUGAUCGCGGGCCUGCUGGUGGUUGUGCCACUGGCACUCAACGGCUCUGCGUUUAAGGGGCGUUGUGCGCUCUUCAGCCGCGGGUUCUGGCGGACGGAGAACCUGACUGUGGGCGGCGGGGAGGCAGAAGAAGUCACGCACCUGGUGGUGCAGCAGUGGGGGCCGCCUGCCGCCUGUCAGUUCGCCACUUUUGUUGGGGUCUUCACUGUGUUGUACGGCGCUACGCAGAGCUGGAGGAGCUUAUUUUACCUGCACCGCAGGCACGACGACACCUUGUUCUCUGCUUUCCUCACACUGCUGCUGAGCCUGUGCUUGCUUUUCCUCUCUGGAGGAGCCAGUGUGACCCUCACCCUCGGCCUGGUGUCCUGGUGCGACACUGUCACUGAUCAGAACACCCGGCCAUACAGCUGUGCUGAGUCGCAGUCUGUGCCACUCUAUCUGGAUGUGGAAACUUCUUUGUUCUACUCAGAGCUCACCUGUGCACAGAUCGCGCUGUGGUGUGUGACGGCUCUGUGGUUGACUCACUCCAUCCUGUCCUUCCUGAGGCUCUACCAUUCCCACAGUCAGCAGAUCAGUGGACCUUGUCUGUCCCGAGAGAAGGAGCUUCUCCUGGGCCAGGCUCACCUAGACUGUCCCCUGCCUUGCCAACACAUACACCCUCCACAGACACCUGCUGUCUUCAUUUAGUCCCCUCUUAUGAUGAUCCAAAUUUCUCCUGUAGUUGGUUGGAUUAGGUGAGCAGUAAAAGAAAAGGCCACAGCACUCUGACCAAACAAACACCAACAAACGUCAACAUUACAGCGUAGUAUAUAUUGUUUUAGAAUGAAAAAGAACUGACAAACCAAAGUGAAGCAGUGUGAAUGGGAUGAAAAUUCGAAAACAAUGUGAAAAGGCACAAAAAUACUAGAACAGUGCGAAUGGAGAGAACAUUAUAAAACAGUGCGAAUGGGAGCAAACAUACAGUGUUGAUGGGAGGAGUACACUGUAGAACAAUGUGAAUAGAGAGAACAUACUAAAGCAGUAUGAAUAGGAGCAAACAUUUUAGAGCAGUGCGAAUUGGGGUGAACAUUCUGGAAUAGUGUGAAUGAGAACAAACACUGCAGAACUGUGUGAAUUAGGUGACCCUUCUAGCUCAGUGUGCAGUGCGGAGUGAAUGGCACAAAAAUUCUAGACCAGUGUGAAUGGAGAGAACAUUCUAGAACAGUGUGAAUAGGUACAAACAUUGUAGAACAGUGUGAGUGUUCUAGAACACUUUGAGGGAGAAAAUUAUAGACCAGUGUGAAUGGAGAGAACAUUCUAGAACAGUGUCAAUGGGUACAAAGAUUGUAGAACAGUGUCAGUGUUCUAGAAUCAGAUCAGUGUGAAUGGAAGUGAACGCUGUAGAACAGUGAAUCAGUAAGAACAUUCUAGAACAGUGUGAAUGGGUGAGAACAUUCUAGAAUCUUCCAAAAAACACCACAGGUACACUUUUAAAGAUAAAGGUCCUAAAAAGCAGGUUUAUUUUAAGAGUGAAUGGUACACCACUCAAACCUAUGCGUUUGUUAAUGUUUGUUGGGUCUGUUUGCUCUGGCCUUUAGGAAAAAAUAUAGGGAAGAUUUUUAGACACAUAAAAAGUACAUAAUCUACAUGGAGCUUCUGGUAUUGUUAUUAUUUUUUCACUCUCAUGUUGCACUGCAAGCUUUAAACACUUACUUGGCCAUGCAUGUCUGUGAAGAACAAGUAUAUGAAGUGUAGUGGAAACACCAAAACGCCCAAAAGAGAAACCUCAUUACAAGUAAGCUUUAAACAUUGUUUACAUGGUGUAUUUUAAACGGGGUACUUUACACAUUACUUUGUACUUGUGUAUGUGAUCAAGUGCACGAUUGCACCAACACAUUUUGCACACAAAAUAGUGUGUUAAGCUCAUUGUUUUUUUACUAGUGUUUUAGUAUUAUUAGUGGAAAUGUCAUUGAAUGACAUGCAGUGUUAUUAACUUUUGCAGAAGGAUGAAUUUUGCAGCAAUAUGCAAGUAAAAUACUGUCAAGAAUGAUGAAUUAAUGUGAAGUAAAUGGGAAGGAAGACUAGCAUGCAGCAUGUGCUGAGCUCAGACCCAUACUUAUGUGAACAUGCAGGGUUAUGCAUGCUUGCAUGCUCCUGAAUGUACAGCUGCGCAAACCCUACAUGCUCUCUCUCCCCACUGUGUGAAGGUUUUUCAGAUGAUGCUGUUUGUGUAGAUGCAGUUACUGAGGAAAACAUCCGCUCUGAACCCCCUGGCUGUGACUCAGAGGGUGAUAUCAACCAGGGAGGAGUGUGUAAAACAAGUAGGAAUUCAAAGAAUGCCCCCUCCCCCUGAUCUUUGACCCCUCAGAGAAAUGUGGGUGGCUGUGGUGACACACACAUAGCUGAGUGAGAAACUGGAGGUAAUGGGAGAGAAAAGCUGGUUUGUUAUUUGAUGAUUAUUGCUCAUGUUUUCUACUGCUGUUUGUAUCUGUAUUGAACUAUUUAAAUGGAACCUGUCAUCUCUUGGUAAAAAUAAUAAAGCCUUGCUACAUA